UCAGUUGCAUAGGUGAUGCCUUUCUGAGCGGUCAGAAUCUCGAACGCCGCGUUUAGUUCUGAAUUCUGAGUCUCUCCUUCGAUUGCCACCGGUUUUUCAGCUCAAUUUGCUUCACUGGUGUGCAUUAUUGAUUAAUUGUUUUGUUUUUUGUUUUUGUUAAUUGCUUUCUGAUUGCCGCACUCGAAGUGCUCACUGCACUCGCACAAUUCCCUUAUCAAAAAGCUGGCCUAAGGUCGUGUUAAAAGUCAAUUAAGAUGCCAUUUAGCCAGAAAAUCAUGAUUUUUCUCGCUAUUAUCCUGCUUUCAAUAUGUUCUUCUAUCGAUGGAGCGGCAAGAGUGGGUCAGGCGUGUAAGGUUACGGAUACUUUGCCAGGAGUCUGCAGCACCUCCUCUGAUUGCGAACCAGUGAUCGAUGCCUAUAUAAAGUCGGGGAUCCUGACACUCAACGAUGUGCCCAGCUGUGGCCUCGGUGCUUGGGGAGAAAUCUUCUGCUGUCCCACGACUCCAUGCUGUGGAAAUAGCACUUCAACUACCGUUCCCACAAAUACAACUUUGAGCACUUCGACGGCGAGAACAAUUCAGCGUCCCAACGUUCGAGUGGAUGUGCCCACCGAUCGCCCAUCAGUAGCAGCCUGCAAACAGAUUCGAGAGCAGAGGCAGAAGAAGAAGGGCAACGCACUGGUCAUCCACAUCGUUGGUGGCUACCCCGUCGAUCCUGGAGUCUAUCCCCAUAUGGCGGCCAUCGGCUAUAUAACUUUUGGCACCGAUUUCCGGUGUGGCGGAUCGCUAAUCGCCAGUCGGUUUGUCCUCACGGCCGCCCAUUGUGUAAAUACCGAUGCAAAUACACCAGCUUUUGUUCGUUUGGGAGCGGUGAAUAUCGAGAAUCCUGAUAAAAAUUUCCAGGAUAUCGCUGUGCGGAGUGUAAAGAUCCAUCCGAGUUAUUUGGGUGGCAAGUACAACGACAUCGCCGUCUUGGAACUUGAAAAAGAUAUAGUCGAAACGGAUAACGUUCGUCCCGCCUGUCUUCACACGGAUCCCGACGAUACUCCGCCGGGUGCCAAGUACUUCGUCGCCGGCUGGGGAGUCCUAAACGUCACCACUCGGGCGCGUUCGAAGAUCCUUUUGCGAGCCGGUCUGAAUCUGGUGACCCUGGAGCAGUGCAACAUAUCCUUUGCGGAGCAGCCGGGUUCGGUUCGGGUCCUGAAGCAGGGCGUGAUCGAUUCACUACUGUGCGCCAUUGAUCAGCGGCUGAUAGCAGAUGCCUGCUCUGGAGACUCUGGAGGUCCUCUGAUCCAGGAGCUCAGCGCGGAUGAUGGCAUGUACAGCAUCAUGGGCGUCAUCUCGUCGGGAUUCGGAUGCGCCACUGUGACACCGGGUCUCUACACGCGGGUCUCCUCCUACCUGGACUUCAUCGAGGGCAUCGUCUGGCCAGACAACCGAGUCUGAUUUUGAUGAAUCUCCCUCGAAUUAGGAUCAGGAAUGCCCGGCAGCUACAGGACGUCACAUUGGAUUGAAUUAAAUUUUAAGAGCUUAAGAGCUAGACUCACCAAAAUUGGCAUACUAUAAACCCAUCUGUGAUCUCUAGGUGCACCGCGAUCCAAUCGAUUUGAUACCAAUAAACAUACACUAAUUUAUGAAGGAGCAUGGCUCUAAAAAUUUAA